AUGUCCAAUUUUCAACGAACACGAAGUAAAGUUUGGUGGGGUGAUUCACCGCCAAACAUUGGAAGUCCGGUGGCGCAGCCCGAGUGGAACCGAAACAAUCGCGCUCGAGACGAUCCUGAUUGGGAGCCCCAACUACCUCACUGGAUAGCGAAUCAGCCUGACGAACCACAAAACAAUAGCGCCGAUGACAUCGCGCAGCCCAUUCAAAUGAACCAAUGGCCUCUGCGUCACGGCAGUCCUGGCAGUCACAAGAGCCAGGAUUCCGGUUUCUCUGACUCUGACAGCUCUCCGCCCCCAUCACAGUAUUAUCAAGCUCCUGAAACAACGGAUAAUAAUAAAUCUUCAAGUAGCAGCGAUUCUAACAACAACCAAGAUAUUACCGUGAAACAGGCUCCUGGUUAUCAAAACACAUCACCGAGCCGUGAUGCUAAUAUUGUGAUGUUGCCUGAUAAUGUCAGUUGUGAGAUGCCGACACCCAAACCACGGCUUCGAAGUAGUAGUGUCAUACAAACUCCUUACGACCUGCAGAAGUAUUGCGAAAUACAUCAAGACGAGGAACAUAUGGAACUGCUGAAAGAUAAGGACACAGAAAAUGUAAGCAAAAUUGAAAAGAAUAAGAGUCCGCCACCUAAGAAUAUCAAUAAAGAUAAACUUAAGAAAGAAAAUUCGCUAAAUAUUUUAAAUAAUAAUUUAAACAGUAAACCUAAGGUUAAAGUCGAAAACAAAAUAGACAUAAAGGUUACACCUCCGAGUAACGUGAGUAACAAAGAAAACAACAUUACAACCAAAAGUGCAAUACAAAAAGAUACCAAAGAAAUACCAGAUAAAAACAUUAAUGUUAUAAGUCCUUCAAAGAAGUACCCGGCGAAGAAGUCAUUCAUAUCUAGUACAGAUAGUGACAGCACCAAAGUUAUUAAAGUAGCUAAAGUAAAGGAUUUAGAGACUAGCAAAAAUAAAUCAGACGACAGUUUAGAAUAUUUGAAACUGGAGGAUGACAAUGAAAUAGCAGUAAACAAUCAACCACGGGUGCGCACACCAAUAUCUAACGUAUCCUACGUUCCUACUGAGAGGACGACUUCAUCGAGGGUAGAGUACACACGAAGCUUGUCAAAUGAGGAUGCUACUCCCAUUACCACAACUCCAAAGUUCCAAAGAAAUAGACUAAACAAAUCACUUAACUUCGAAGCUCAGAGGUUAGACCAGCAAAUCCUUGACAUACAGGAAGGAUAUCACUCGUUAGGUUACAUAGAUGAAGAACCUAACAAUGACAUGAUGUACGAAAACGAACAAAUACAUAAACCAACUAAUGCUAUCCUUGGUAAGAAUAUCUUGGACAGUUUACAUCUAAAACCUACCAAAAAACCAGGGCCUAAAGCUAAGCAGCGGAUGGCUACCAAGACAGACAGAACGAAAGAUUUAUUCAGGUUAUUCCCAAAGAAGGAAAAGCCUGGAGUAGUAGAUGAUUACGCUGGUGGCUAUUUGAAGGGUAGCAGGGUUCCUGUUCUAGGUCUACCGAGGGUCAAAGAGCAAGACUCGUGGGUAAUAGUCGGCCAUCCCGAAGAAAUGUUAAUACCUCAUUACAACGAAAGGCUAGUUGGUGAAGAGUGCGAUUUAGUAAAAGCAGCAGAGAAGAAAGAUAAUGAAGAUGACUUUCUCAAAAAGACGCGGCCAGUCACACCACCGCCACAGUUCCAAGACAAACAGAAGACUCCAUACGAAACAGAACCUAACACGAAUAAAAAUCUUACACACGACUCCAAGAGGGAGAAAUUAAAAGGAGAACUGGACUUCGUGGAUGUACAGCUGAACCUAGCAUGUACUUCCACGCCAAAGAUGUUAGCUCCACACGAGUUUAUGGACGUUCCGAAGAGCGAUAGGAAAAGUGCUCGUAAACUCAAUAUACAGGACGAAUUCAACAGCGAGAACUACCCCUCCAGAUUAGUUCUAAACAGCCAGAAUGAAAUUCUAUAUCGAGAGAGGUCUAUAGACCAGACAUGUUUGGAACGGCUAUGUGAUAGGAAGCCAGAGCCUGUUCAGUAUUGGUUGUGUGACCUUGUCGGGUCAUGUGAGAAUGAGUGCAUGACCACGCUGCAGAGCAAGCCACUAGGAGCCGAGAUGAAAGCCAUGGUGACUGCCAGCUCCGCUACUAUAACAGGGAACAUAAAGAAAGUGCAGACACACGGACAGAUUAUUGUUCAUCAAUACAGCGAUGUUUUAAGGCAAAUUGAAUCCGGAAAGUCGAGUGAGGAACAAAUCUGCUUGUUGGUAGCGAAUAUCAAUGAGUUUGUGUUAGCUCACAGCAUUACAUUAAACACAAAGCCUCCAGGAGAGACUCCAGAACGAUGGGACAAGAUCAAGAAGUCCUUACAACUGUAUCUACAGAAGUUAAUCGAUGUUGGAGAAGAUGUGAAAGUGGAAUUGAACGAGAGUGUUCCCGAAUGGAACUUAGUCUGCAAACAUUUGGACACUUUGAUUGAAAUCUUCUUGGAGACUACUAAGGCUGUGCUUGUUCAACAGAUGAAGACUCUGGUGUCGAUUAUAGAAGAGCCACCUUCGGAUAUGAUUCUCAAGAGUACAUUGACGUCUAUUGGACACUUGGCCAUGCUAAGUGACACUACAGAGAGUUCCCUACAUGAGAAAUGUUCGAAGAUCAUGAAGAAUAUUACUGAGUUGCCGUUCGUGGACUGCGCAGUGCCCAGGGCGUUGUUGACAGCGAUCAUCGAGAGUAACAAGAGCUCUAUAAAAGCGUUAUCGUUACGUGCGCUUGCGACCGUCUGUGUCACUGGAGAUGCGGUGAAACAGUUUGAAGAGGGCGGUGGCAUCGAAAUCAUCUCAGAUAUUCUCUCGGACCGCAAGAACCCUGAACCUCAGAUGCGGGAGGCCAUUACAGUGCUCACUCAAAUUACUGCACCCUGGCUGAGAGGGCACUACGACCUCACACAGAUGCACCUCUAUCUCAACAACAUCGUUGAACACAUUACCGGUAUUCUGUCUCGUACCGAAUGCUGCCAACUUCUUCUUCUGUGCACGGCUUGCCUCGUUAACUUGGUGCGAGAAUUGGAGUUGGAGAAGAAAGAUGAUGACGUCACUACCAAAUCUGACAUCGUCGAGGUGAUCACCAAGCAUCGGACUGUCGAGAGACUGCUGGACGCUGUGAAACGACGAGGACCUAACAUCUCCGUAUUUUUGCAAGAACAGACAGCAUCUCUCAUAGCAUCUCUAUCCCGGAUUCCUCGCUGCAUGUUGCUCCUGUCCCGUGUUACGUCAGUGUGUGUGGCGCUAGUGUGCUUCGCGCGGUUCUCGCCCGGCGCCUGCGCACGCACCGCCGAGCUACGCGCGCAAGCCAGGCUACACUGCCAUGCCGCUGAGGCUAUCUCUAGAAUGACAGUGAUGCCAGACGUCGCAUACCAAAUAGUGCAGCUGGAAGGCGUUCCCCUCCUUACCAAGCUGGUAAGGUUGCAGCGAACACGGCCGCCAUUGGACACCAACCCUGACCAGACCCUCAUACACUGCCUCAAGGCACUCAGGACCAUUUACAAAUACCAUCCGAGCACCUUCGAUGAUGAACAGGACGUUAAAGACAUGAUCAGACCCCAUUUAAUGGAAUCCCUCAUGUUAUUUUCCGCCAAAAAAGAAAGCUACGUCUAG